AUGGCAGGUGCGCGCCUCACGUUGCCCUCGCGAAGGGUGCUGUCGCCAACGCCCACCGGCAGCACCAGAAGCAUCGAAUCGAGGCCCGAGGCCCACAGUCUCCACAUGGAUUCCAGGCCAAGGCCUCGGCCCUCCGAAGAAUUCUCUCCACGCCAGAAGCUGUGGACUUUGUGGGCUGGUCGGCGCAAUCUAGAGGCACUUGACCAUGCAGUUGCGCUGGCCUUGCUCGUGCUUGAAGUCAUAUGCUGGCUUCUGGAAAAGUGGACAGGUUGCGUGGCUGGUUGGCACCUGUACCAUAGGAUUGUGAGCCACCUCCUGUUCAAGCUCUUCUUCCGCGAGGUGUCGGUCGACGACCCGCACCGGGUCCUGAAAAUGGCAGGAAAUCAGCGACUGAUCUUCUGUUCCAAUCACCCGACCGGCCUGCUCGACCGACUCCUGAUUCAGUACCUCUCACCCCGUCCUUGCUUCUGUUUGACGCAGAACUGGUUCUCGUACACAAACCAUGUGGAGAUGUGCCUGCACGUCGUCCAAGGGCUGCCAUUCACGAGAAUGGUUGAAUGCCUGGACCACGGGCAUGCUCUUUGGAUAGCUGUCGGCGGGUCUCGAGAGCUAAAUCCGUACAUACGCAAGGUUCACACAGGAGCUGCAAGAAUCGCUUUGCAGGCUGCGCGAUGCAGCGAGUAUGAAGUGGUGCUUGUUCCGCUUCAUCUCUGCUUCGAAGCGCAUUGCCAGUUCAACUCAGCCGUGUUGGUCGAACUGGGGAAGCCAGUUCAUGUUGAGCACGGGGUUGAUCCAGACUCUGUCAGCGGGCGGGAGCGUGUGCAUGGUCUCACGGCAGCAUUGAAGGAAAAUUUGCUACCUCUAACGAACUGGAUCCCAGCAAAGCCUGAUGUGAACUACGGGAAGAAGGGGUCCAGAGGUGUUGGGCAAACGCGAUUGGCUGUCUCAGAGUGGUACCUGAUCAGAGUGAUUGACACGCUCGUUUGCUUGCAUGCGCUGUCAACCAGCAACGGCCCUAUUCCGUGGAAUGCACGUGUACGGCGAGUGCGAGCUGUGGCUCAGCAUCUAAGCGAUCAGGCCAGCGAGAAGUUCCAACGUGCGAAGAAUGCCUUUCAAGAUUUUGCAGUGGCCGUGCCGGAGGGCAAGUUGUUCUCUGUAGCCACAGGGACGUACUGGGACAUGCCUGUGGCGUUGAAAGCCAUUCCACGAAGAAAUCCUUCUGCGGCGCCCGGAUUGACUCUGGCCGCUCUGAGAAACUUUUCCAGUGGCCCUCUUCGAUUUGCUGAACGCCCAGCGGAUCUUCGUGACUUGCCAGCUUCCUGCACAUGCCGUUUGGCAGACCUCAGACAAGAGGCUUUGCAGUUUAUCGAAUCAGUGCUGGCAUCUGUGCAGUGCAAAAUAGAGGCAGAUGCAAAACACUGUAGUUGUACGUACGAGGUUCUCGCAGGCCCGAAGGUCACUUCGCGGGAUAGCCCGCGCUUUCAUCCGGUACCGUCCAUGGCGGCAGUGGCCAGCAGUGCUUUGUCAACAGGCAGCGUCCAGUUGUUGACCGCAAACUCGCGAGCCGCAGCAAGCCCCGUGCCCAUGCGGGCAACCGUCGGCACCUUCACAGCUCGAUCAGUGUCGCCACAGCGCACCGCUUGGAGCAUGAGCCUCCCAAUGGGGCCACAUGCCCCUUCGGUGAGAGCUGCCUCUCCUGGCUCCAGAGCUCUACCUCACACCCCGAGUGUGGUGCAACCUGUGCAGUGUGUGAUGCGAGCCGCGGUGCAGACCGUGCAGCCCACGAAUGCCCCGGCACCCAGGCGGCCAGCGGUUGGCAUUGCUUUUCCUGGAGCGACCCUACCUCCUGGUCCUAGCCAUCAAAGGCUUGGUGGUACCGUGGCGAUGAAGCGGGAUGCAGUUUUGGUUUGCAUCCUGAUCAUCUGCGGGAUGACACUGCAGCUGCCUUUUGCCCGUGUGCGCCGCCGGAGGAUAGCCCCUCGACGCAGAAACAAUCGGAUGAGGGAGUCGACCUUCAACAUUGACCGUCCACUUCUGCCAUGGAACGCGGCCAUGGUGCCGGAAGGUGAACAUACCCAGGACGCGGCGGAGCUUUCCGAGGCUGUGAUGGAUGGAGUUGCAGCCGCUGCGAAUGAAGCAGCUGCUCAGCAGCUCAUGCUGGGACCUGCAGUUGCUUUGGCACCAAGCUCGGACAGUAUUCGUGCGGUUCAGCAAGAAGGAGUUGCAUCUAUUCAAGAUGCCUUGUCGCAAAAAACAUGUCAGCGCCUCCGUGCUUUCGUGUUGGAAGAGCUGUCUAAAGCCUGCAGAAGCGUGGAAGAUGACCCGACGCAGAAGUACACCUUGUUUUCGCGGGACAUACGGGAAACCCGUGCAUCAAAGACUGCACUGGAGACCCGGUUCGAGCUGCAGUUGCCACGUACAAACAUCACCGAAACCGCCCUCAUGGAAGUGCUCCAUGGUCGGGUGGGCAGUACCCUCGCGGCCCUGGCAGGUUCUGAUGCAAGGCUCUGGGAGUUCACAGCCAUGGUUGCUAUGCCUGAUGCUAUUCCUCAGCGCUUGCAUUGCGACACUGGAUCACCUUCCCCAGCUUUAUUCACGACAUUCGUGGCCCUGCAGGAUGUGACCGAGAGCAUGGGACCCACACGGUUCCUGCUGCAAACGAACCGACAGGCAUCCCACCGGCAGUUCUCAGCAGACAAGACCUCUUUUCUCAAUAAGGCAGUGUCACGAAUUGCCCUGUUGCAAGAAGGGGAUGCCGUGGUGUACGACAGUCGAGUGUUGCAUUGUGGAACGGAGAAUCAUUCUGACAAGCCGCGGGUGUUGCUUGUGCUCACUGUUCGACACGUAGAGGAUGUGUCUGUGGACCCUGCAACGCAGAGGACACGGAGAGCUUAUUCCAAGACAAAGGUGCUUUCCGAGUUGUUGGAGAAAAGAAGGUCAUGUGCACUGCAGGGGGCGGAAAGCACAUGCUGCCGCCUUGCGGUUCUCCUGCUCAUGUCUGCUGCACAGGUUGAGUCCUCGAGUCGCAUCCUUGAGUCCAUCCCGUACCUCGCAUGCCGCGCCGCUGCAGUGUCCACAUGCCGCACAUGGGGCGAACCUCUGGUUGCAACUAUGCGUGAUGCUUUGUCGAUAGCCGAACAACGUUGUCUUGACAUACCUUUUAGGUCGAAGGCUGGCCCCAUCAUCCCCGUCGUCCGACAGAUGGAUAUGAUGCCGGUCAAGCAAAAUCUCAGUUACCCGAAGGCGGCGUCUCACGCUUGCGCAGCUGGCCCGACGCAGCCGAGCCAGACGGCCAUUGGCAGCCCUGUCGCGUCGGUGGAGACCAGCCGAGGCUCUGAUUGGCAGGCGCAGCAGGCGAGUGUCUGCAGCCCUGUGCACCGUGUGCUGUUGGAUGGGUCCCGCCGCGGCAGCCCAACACGAGUUGAGGAGGCAUGUGUGAAUUCUACCCAAGGCAGUCCGGUGCUCUUGGGAACUUCCAAGUUGUCGAAGCAUCCAGAGGCCUCCAGCCGCGGCACUCCUGUUCGCAUUGUUGGUGGGCCGCCAAUGCAAGUGGCAUGCUGCAAGACUGAGCUUGCAGAGACUGCUCGUGCUGCUGCUCGCGCUGCAGCAUCUCCCAUAAGUCAGCCGGCAGGAUCAGGCAUCUCAGACCCACAAUCUGAGACUCGGACUCCCAGUGGCAGCUUGCAAAGUCUUCCAGUAGUCAGUGGCUCCUGCAAGCUGAUUGGACAAGCAGCUCCGUGCCCUGAUCCGUUCCUUUCGACUGGGCCAUCGGCAGCUCCGCUCUCACCAAUGGCACGCACACCUGAGCUACCAGGUGACGGAAGGAAUGGCAGUUGGUCAGGUCUGGAUUCCCGCCAAAGCUUGACGUCGUCUUUCCUCGGCAACGACAACAGCUCCCCACCGCAUUUUGGCUCCGCCAAGAUUCUCCAUACCUCUUCGAACAAGCACCGGACCCUUUCGCCCGGUGCUGCAUGCGUAGUGCUGCCGCCUAGCCCCGAGAUUGCUCCUCGCGGUGUUGGGCCGGUAAGCUCAGACGUCCAGGGGAUUGCAGGUGAAUCCCAUAUCCAAGCGACGCUCUUCGAGUUGUUUCGCGUGCCUGUCUCCGAGCCACAUGUUGCAGAGCAGGUCGGAAAGGAGAUUGCGAGACAAGCAGAGAAUCUGUGGGACGAUUUGGUGAUCCUCCGACCGGUGCGGAGUCUUGCAAGCGCCGUAGCUCGUUCUAUAUCAAGCUCAGGCCAGGCAAAAGAUGAACAGCUUUGGACGGAACAUCUUGGUGACGAGGAAGCAUAUCAGGGCUGGUGGAUAUGUCUGUUGGCCAGGUAUGGGUUGUCUGGCUCCGGAGAUUCGAUCUCGCGUGCGGAAGUCACUGAUCUUGCAGUUGCAGCUUGCCGAAUGCUUCGGGAUCAUUUUGCGCCGUCCAAGUAUUUGCGGAAUCUUCGAACUGUCCGAUCUGGCGCCAAGCGAGUGCAUGAUCGUUUCUGUGUGAAAGUUCAGAAGUACAUGCUUUGCGUGUUGCAGCCCUUGUUAGAUGCCACUGACCUUGUUGCCAGUGUGGCGGCUCAGGUUAUGACAAUUUUCGACACCUCUCCAGCUCGACCUUUGCAAAACACUAUCGCUGCCGGAGUCGUUGCUGAGCUUGAGCUUCGAAGAUCGAUCGUGCAGCCAGACACGCAAAAGUCAGCUGGCGUGCCCAGCAGAAUCCUGGCUGCAGAGGAUCAGCUUCGAGUCGAAGUGGAAGUGUUGAGAAGCCUGCAGCAUCCGCAUCUUCCUCGCGUGGUUGAAAGCUUUGAGGACUUCAAUGACAUCUACAUAAUUUCCGAAAUAGUGGACAACGUGCAGCUUCUGCAUUUCAUGCAGACGCGCUUGGACAUGCGGACUGGAAUUUCUGAGGGCUGGCUCGCACAGGUCUUCAAGCAGAUCUUGGAGACUUUGAGCUACUGUCAUCAGCUAAAGCCUCACAGCCUCGUGCACGGCGAUAUCGGCCUGGAGACCGUGGGCCUCGCCUCUGUCUCGGACGCCGCCUGCGCACCCCACGUGGUGAUUUCAGGGCUUGGGGUCGCCGGCACGCUGCCUUCGCCCUCAUUGCGGUCUACUUCGCGACUUUCUGGAAGGCUUUCCCGGAGUUCGCAACCGGUGGCCGAACUGAUCGCACCACGUUCAGAUAUCGAAGAGCUUUGCAGCCCGAAGCAAGACGUCUGGUGUUGCGGCUGCUUGCUCUACCUGCUCCUUACAGGGCACGUCCCGGGUGAUGCUUUCUUUGCGGAGACUUUCCGGCCGAAGGCGAGCAGCCCAGAUUGGGCUCUCGUCCGCCAUGCUUCAGCACAGGCAGAGGCACUGUGCUCACGAAUGCUGGAGAGUGAUCCAGCCCGAAGACCGUCCGCAGCAGACUGCCUUUGCUAUCCAUGGCUACAGUCCGGAAGCAAAUUCUGCUUCAAUAUGAUCCCCUUGUCUGUCUUAGAGAAGAUCAUUCAAAUCGAGCAGCAAAGCCAGGAAUGCAAGGAGGUCGUGGGAGACGUCGUGGCUGAGUUGAGCUUGAGAUCGGUUUCAUGCGCAAGCACAGCCUUCGCAACCCUUUCGAUGCCUUCACAAAGCUGGGGUGAUCCGCUGGAAUCUGUGCAGCUGACGCCUUUUCUCUCGGCUGCUCCGCUUCUGCAGCUUGGCAUCUCCGUACCGAAUGUCGAGAAGGUCAUGCGGGCCUUUGCCGUCCCUUCUGGUCUGGUCGCCCACGGAUCCUUCGUGAAGCGCUGCCUGGAGCUGGCUGAAGAUCAGCUGGAUCGCUCCUUGUGGCGCCUCUUCGUCGCGGCGGGGGAGGACGAAUCAGGUGUCCUGUCCGCCAGUCAGCUGGAAGAGGUUCUCCACGGUGAUGUGUCAGAGGCUUCUGCCGCUGGCGGCAAGGAGCUUUCUUGGCCAACGAUCUGCUUUCAGCUUGUGUGGCAAUGCCGUUGGUGCGGGUCUUGCCAGAAGCAGGAUACAGCGGCGGAAAGCAAGAGCCUCGGAGAGUGGUCGCAGUGUCAACGUAGACAGGAAACCUUUCUUCAACUUGUAGAAGAAGCCACGAGCAAAGUUCAGAGGUGUAGAACUAGCAUUCUAUGGCUACGGUGUCCUGCGGCUAUCUCGCAUAAAGACAGAUACUACGUCUCAUUGAAGGCAUUAUUUGUGUGCCAAAUUCAGAUUCAAGGUGUAGCAGACGUUGUCGAUAGGCCAAUAUAG